AUGAUCACCCGUGAGUCACUUGGUGUCAGUAUGAUCAUCUGUGAGUCACUCGGUGUCAUUAUGAUCACCCGUGAGUCACUCGGUGUCAUUAUGAUCACCCGUGAGUCACUUGGUGUCAUUAUGAUCAUCUGUGAGUCACUCGGUGUCAUUAUGAUCAUCUGUGAGUCACUCGGUGUCAUUAUGAACAUCUGUGAGUCACUCAGUGUCAUUAUGAUCACCCGUGAGUCACUCGGUGUCAUUAUGAUCAUCUGUGAGUCACUCGGUGUCAUUAUGAACAUCUGUGAGUCACUCAGUGUCAUUAUGAUCACCCGUGAGUCACUCGGCGUCAUUAUGAUCAUCUGUGAGUCACUCGGUGUCAUUAUGAACAUCUGUGAGUCACUCAGUGUCAUUAUGAUCACCCGUGAGUCACUCGGUGUCAUUAUGAUCACCCGUGAGUCACUUGGUGUCAUUAUGAUCAUCUGUGAGUCACUCAGUGUCAUUAUGAUCACCCGUGAGUCACUUGGUGUCAUUAUGAACAUCUGUGAGUCACUCAGUGUCAUUAUGAUCACCCGUGAGUCACUCGGUGUCAUUAUGAUCACCCGUGAGUCACUCGGUGUCAUUAUGAUCACCCGUGAGUCACUCGGUGUCAUUAUGAUCACCCGUGAGUCACUCGGUGUCAUUAUGAUCACCCGUGAGUCACUGAGUUUUUAUCACAUGGUGCUAUUACCACCUUUGAGUCACUCGGUGUCAUUAUGA